AUGUUACAACCGACGAGGACACUUCAGAAAGGCAUUAGACAAUACGAACAUAUGCCUCUGCGCUGCAGCGGAAUCUUUAAAUUAGAAAAGGAGCGGAGGCCCCGAGUUGCAAAUAUCGAAAUAUUACAAGCUCGAGGGGGUAAUUGUGAUGGACAACUUCACAGCGCAACAACGAAUGUUCCUGAUGCGGGACACAGUGAAACCUUGUCGCAUCGUGUUGCUCCGUCAACAUACGGCGAUGCAAACUAUCAUGUAGCAUGCGUGAGGCAUCAACAGUGGGAUAUGACGAGAAAACGUUCAGUGAUUGGACGAGGGCAACACGGUCGAGGUAGACGAUGUUUCGUUGAUUGCGAAGACGGUGCCAAACCCAAAUUAGCAGACGAGUGCAGUGAAGGUGAAGAACACGUAGGAGAGCUGGAAGAAUGCAUGUAUGGACUUUGA